CCCUUUUCCUCUUUUAUAUCUAUCCAUCCAUCCAUCUAUCUCAUACAUACAUCCCCAAGGACCCCAACCGCUCUCUCCAUUUUCUCUGUAUUAUCUUCUCACCCUAGCCUUACUAGCUCCUAGCUCAUGUAUAACUGUACAUCACACUAGCUCAUACAUAACUGUUCAACUAGUACUCCUUUCUCUGUUUUCUACUUCCUCUCUCUGUACCACCAAAACUAUCAUAUAUCGACGAUAUGGAAAUGUUUGGGCACAACAUUGGUGGCAGAUCAGGGCAGAAUGGUAAUAACGCAAAUCUUGCUUGGGAUAUAUGGGAGAUGAAUAAUAGUAAUAAUAAUGGCAACAACGAUAUAUUGUACAUGACGGCUGCAACAGCGGCCGUCACCAUAGCGGAGCCGCCUUCAGGCUCCAGCGCGAGCUCCGAAGCGAGUUUGGGUCACCCGCUGGUGCACAACAACAACGGUGUUCAAGCAGUGCAGCAGCACUUCCAGAAUUUGUACGGUGGCGAUCAUCAUCAUCAUCAGAGUCGUCUUCGUGGGUCCCAAUAUCUUCCGGAUCCCCACCUUAUGUGCUUGAAGCUGGGGAAGAGGCACUACUUUGAGGACGCUCCUCUGCCUCUGCUUGAUCAUCGAGACGUGGCGGGAUUUCCUUUGGCCGUAGGGGGCAUGAAGAGAGGCAAGAACGUGUAUGGCCCUGGCAGCCGCGGAGGUGGGGCUUCUACGCAGUCGUUGAAGGUGCCGCGGUGUCAGGUGGAGGGGUGCCACGUGGCGCUGGUGAGCGCGAAGGAGUACCACCGGCGGCACAAAGUGUGUGAGAUGCACUCCAAGGCUUCCAAGGUGGUGGUCUUAGGGUUGGAGCAGCGCUUCUGUCAGCAAUGCAGCAGGUUUCACGUGGUGUCGGAGUUUGACGAGUCUAAGAGGAGUUGUAGGAGGAGAUUAGCUGGGCAUAAUGAGCGAAGAAGAAAAUGCUCUCAUGAUUCUCUACCCAGAAGCUCUUCUCAAGAGAAGAAAUUGAUGAUGGCUGCAGCAGGGAGAUUUCCAUACCUAUCGUCAUCCCCGACAGGAUGUAGUGCUCUCUCUCUUCUGUCAUCUUCCAAAAGUAGUAGUGAUUCUUGGGUACUAUCUCCAUCUGAUCUCUCCUCAAGAUCCCGCGCUGCACUUCGUGAACUCAUUGCAGAAAACCGUGCAGGCAUCUUGGCUCGCCAGCUCAUAUCUUCUUCGGACCGAUCAAACUCAAACUGGGAGGACUCAUCACAUUAUAAUAACCAUUCGACCCAAGACUUUGGUGAUUAUCUUAGCCAAUCAUGGCCGUCUGGUUCUGUCGAAUCCCAUCACCAUCAUCAUCAUCAUCAGCAGCAGCAGCAAAUGUUUUCUGCCAAUCAGCACAGUUGGGACAGGUUUCAUGAAAGUGGUGCACAUUUGACACUUGAUCUAAUGCAGCAGCCUCCGAGCCCGGCAUAUGAGACUUUCUUGCCUGCAAGGGACAGUAGUACUAAGGCUGAAGACGAGUGUGACCUGUGGAAAUGGAACUCCUUCCAAGGAGCCAGUGUGGUUUAAAUCUAAUUCUUACAAGUCUAUAAUAAUAUAUUCAUUGAUUUCUCUUGUUUAGUGUUUGAUAGGGAUAGUUUAUCCUCACCCCAUCCAACCCCAUCCAUCCAUCUAUAUCGCUUGUCGAAGUGUGCAUAUUUCUCUCUCUUUUGUUCGCUGACGGACAAUAAUACAUUGAAUUAAUUAGCUGGUUUCC